AUGAGAUUUAUAUUUAUCGUAUCUGCGCUUGCCGUAGCCAACUGCGAGACCGACGACUCCACGCUUCUCGCCAGAGCCCACAACCAGUUCACCGUCGAUCUGCUCAAGGAACUCGCGAUCGAGAAUCCCUCGUCAAACGUCUUCUUCUCACCGACUAGCAUUGCAGCCGCGUUCGGCAUGGCCUACGUCGGCGCGAGGGGAGGAUCCGAGUCCGAGCUGAAUUCGGUGUUCGGCCACACGGAUGUGGGUCUCACUGACCGAAGCAGAUUGAUUACGGCGUGCAAAAACCUCCUGGGACUCUCAGCUUCGCCCAAUGUCACUCUUGACAUGACCAACAUGGUUCUUGCGCUGGAUCGCUUCCUCAUCGACAGCUACGAACAGCAGCUUCGCGAAAUCUUUGACGUGGUCUUGAGGUCAGCAAACUUCAUCGAGGAUGGCCCCAGGUUGGUGGCUGGAGUCAACGCAUGGGUACGUGGAAAGACAAGGGGCAAGAUCUCCGCCAUCCUACCAGAGGGCCAGCCGCUGGACAUCGUGCUCUUCAUCCUGAACGCUGUAUACUUCAAGGGCACCUGGGUGAUUCAAUUUGACGCCCACAGGACGAUAAACAAGCCCUUCCUCAACCUGGGAACCACAGAGGCGAGCAAGCCGGCGAUGCACUCGAGGGCGCGAUUCCUUUAUGCGAGAGUGGAACCCCUCCACGCAUCGGCCCUGGAUAUACCAUACGAGGGAGACCGGUUCACUAUGGUGGUCCUGCUUCCGGACAACGUCACUGGACUCGCAGCGGUCAGGAACGGCCUGUCGCUAGCCACCCUCGAAGACGUGGGCAGCAGGCUGAGCUUCAGGGACGUCAUCCUGCAGCUUCCCAAGUUCGAUAGGAAUCUUAGUUACAACUUAGUUCCAGUGAUAAGGGCCAUCGGGUUGAACUCUGUGUUUGGAGGAUCGGCCGACUUCAGCGGUAUAAGCGACGCCGUGCCACUCGCCCUAUCCGAUGUGUGCCACAGGGCUGCCGUCGAAGUGAAUGAAGAAGGAACCAUCGCAACCGCGGUCGCUGGGCUUGAUAUCGUGGCUGUGUCGGCUCAGCUUAAUCGGUCGCCGCCCAUUGAGUUCACGGUGGAUCACCCGCUCGUCUUCUACGUCAGAGACAGGAGCACCAACCGGGUUCUCGUCAUCGGAGAGAAUUGUCUUCGUCAUGGCACAGAACACGACCUGCUGACUGACGAUGUGAAACUGUAUCCGUUCUGCAAAGCUGACGACGAGUCACCGCAACUCGGUUUAAAAAGAGGCGACUCAGAAACCCGCGACUAUAGGCGUUCGUAUACACUCGCGAUGGUCGCUAAAUUUCUCUUUCUCGCGUCGGCUCUCGCCGUAGCUCACUGCGAGACCGACGACUCCACGCUUCUCGCAAGAGCCCACAACCAGUUCGCCAUCAAUCUGCUCAAGGAACUCGCGACCGAGAAUCCCUCGUCAAAUGUCUUCUUCUCACCGACUAGCAUUGCAGCCGCGUUUGGCAUGGCCUACCUCGGCGCAAGGGGAGGAUCUGAGUCCGAGCUGAAUUCGGUGUUCGGCCACACCGAUGUGGGCCUCACAGACCGAAGCAGGUUGCUCACGGCGUACAAAAACCUGCUGGAACUAUCUGAUUCGCCGAAUGUCACUCUUGACGUGGCCAACAUGGUUCUGGCGCAGGAUCGCUUCCCCAUAUCCGACAGCUACAAGCAACAGCUUCGCGAAAUCUUUGACGCGGACUUGAGGUCGGCAAACUUCGUCGAGGAUGGCCCCAGGGUGGCGGCCGAAGUCAACGCAUGGGUACGUGAAAAGACAAGGGGCAAGAUCUCCGGCAUCCUACCGGAGGGCCAGUCACUGGACAUAGUGCUCUUCAUCCUGAACGCUGUAUACUUCAAGGGCACCUGGGUAACCAAGUUCGACGUCCACAGGACCAUAAACAAGCCUUUCAUCAACCUGGGAACCACGGAGGUGAGCAAGCCGGCGAUGCACUUGAGGGCGCGAUUCCCUUACGCGAGAGUGGAACCCCUCCACGCGUCUGCCCUGGAGAUACCGUACGAGGGAGACCGGUUCACCAUGGUGGUCCUGCUUCCGGACAACGCCACUGGGCUCGCAGCGGUCAGGAACGGCCUGUCGCUAGCCGCCCUCGAAGACGUGGGCAGCAGGCUGAGCUUCAGGGACGUCAUCCUGCAGCUUCCCAAGUUCGAUAUGAGCCUGAGCUACGGCUUAGUGCCUGCGAUGAAGGCCAUAGGGUUGAACUCGGUGUUUGGAGGAUCGGCCGACUUCAGCGGUAUCAGCGAGGCCGUGCCGCUGGUCAUAUCCGACGUGCUCCACAAGGCUGCCGUCGAGGUAAACGAGGAAGGAACCAUCGCGACAGCCGUCACUGGUCUUGGUUUCGUGCCGCUGUCGGCCCACUACAACCCGCCGCCACCCAUUGAGUUCACCGUGGAUCACCCGUUCAUUUUCUACAUCAGAGACAGGAGUACUAACCGUGUUCUUUUCAUUGGAGAGGUCAACACACUAUGAAGAGCGGACUCAUUUUUACGCGACACUCUGUGCGAGAGGACUAACGAGUAUGAUAAGCGAAUGAAUUGAUUUCGCGACAAAAAUAUAUAAAUAAAGACGGCCUCAUAUAAAGUACA